AUGAUAUUAUUUAGAAAAUCUAGAUUUCAAACCAAGCCGUUGAUUCCUUUUUCUUUUAUCACCUCUCUCUCUCUCUCUCUCUCUCUCUCUUUAAUUAUUAAUCACACGCUCUCUUUCUGGUUCUCUUUUUCUUUCACUCCAUUGCUCUCUUCAUCUCUCCUAUUCUUUUUGACUCUCUUUCUCUCUUCUUAUUUUUCCCUUCUCCUUUCUAUUUCAAUCACUUCACCUCUUUUUAUUCUUUCUCUUUGUCUUUCAAUGCUAUUCUCUCUUCAUCUCCCCAUUUUUUUUCUAUUUCUUCUCUCUCUCCCUCAUAAUAUUUUUUGUGUCUUCUUUCUCUUUGUCUCUCUCCUUCUUUCCCAACUUUCUUUCUCUCUCGCUAUCCUUGUUGUACAUUUCAUUCACUUUCUUUCUUCACAUGAUUAUCUUUUUUUCUCUCUCACUUUUAUAGUUUCCUCCUCUUUAGCUCAUUCAAUUUUGUCUUUAUUUAUCUGUUGCUUCCCUCUUUUUGUAUUUUUCAGCUUUUCUUUCCCUUACUAUCUCUCUCUCUUUUACUCUUGCUGUUUUUCACUUUUGUCAUUGUUCUUUUUUUCUUUUUCUUUUUCUUCUUCGUCUUCUUCCUCCUCUCUCUCUCUCUCUCUCUCUCUCUCUCUCUCUCUCCAUUGCUUUUUCACUUCUCUUCUUUAA